UGCCUCUUUCCCGGCCUCAAAUCUCUACAAAUUAUUAUUAUUAAUUAAUAAUCUCUAAUCUCUCUCUCUUUAUCUCUUUAUCUCUUUAUCUCUAUCUCUUUUCUGAUACAUAAUAAUCAUAAUAGUAAUGGAGUACAACAACAACAAAUCAUCAUCAUCAUCAUCAGACCACUUUGUGUUCGGAAUCGCAAUAAUGGGGUGUUUUCUGGUAGUGAUAACAAUCGUAACAGUGGUUGCUUACUGCAUCGGACGGCGAGCGCGGGGGCUCCCCGGAGUACUCCACCACGUAGCCGCCGUAACUGGUGGUGGUGGUAGUGGUAAUAAUACUACUUCUCCUCCACCAGGUCUCGACGAGGCUGCUCUGGAAAGCAUGCCUAAGCUUCUUUAUUCCAAAUUAUUGUUAUUAUUAGGAGCUGGAGUUAAUAAUAACAAUAAUAGUAAGGUUAUUAUUAGGAGUAAUAGUACUAAUAAUAAUAAUAAUAACAAUAAGGUUAUUAUUAAGAGUAUUAGUAGUCGUGAUAGUAACCAUAAUAAGGGUAAUUAUUUGUCAUUAAUAAGGUCAUCAUCAGCAUCAUCAUCAUGCUCUGUGUGUUUGGGUGAUUAUGAUGAGAAAGAUGUUCUUCGGAUGUUACCUGAUUGUGGCCACGUGUUUCAUCUCAACUGCGUUGAUUCAUGGCUUCGACUUAAUCCUACUUGUCCUAUUUGUCGAAAACUACUACUACUCUCCUCAUCAUCAUCUUCAACUUCAACCACAAGUACUCCUACGGACUCACCAUCAUCAUCAUCAUCACCAUCCUCAUCCUUUCAUAUCUCCAUUCAAAUAUCUUGAUUAUAUUAUUUUCUUUCUUAUAAUUCCUAUUUAAUUUUAAGAUAUAAUAUUAUUAUAUAUUUGUCA